AUGACCGUGCCCAAGGUUGAAAUUCGUGCCAAAUCAGGUUAUCUUUGGAUUCGAUUUCAUUCGGACGAGAUGCUUGAAUAUAAGGGCUUUUACGCCUCUUACACAAUGGUUCGAUCGACGGAUCGUAAACCGAAUCAACAUGACUGUCAGAUCGAGCACAGACAUGCACUGGACGGAUACGUGGGAACGAAAGCUAUCACAAGCAAUUUAGCACUCAACUUUACGGGGUCGUUGGAUUGCAUUUGGUUAUUGGAAGUACCACAUGACUACAAUAUUGUGCUAUUCAUCAACGAGUUCUCGCUUUACGCUCCAAACCACUGCGAGCUUAACUUCUUUGAAGUGUAUUCGGGAACUAGAUCGGACAAGCCGCUGAAGAGGUACUGUGGUGUGACAGCUGGACACGUAUUCUCAUCACAUCAUCUGAUGUACAUCCGUUUUUAUCUGCAUGAUGCGAAUCGCCUCCGAAACACCUCGAUUUCUGCCCUGUACUCCUCCUUCGUCAAAUUGAAAAACUGCUCUUCAAUGCAGCUACUCACUUGCGGCGACGAAAACUGCGUGCCGCAGUCAUUGGCAUGCAACGGUCGCAUCAAUUGCCCCUAUGGUAACGACGAAAGGAAUUGUCAUGUUGGUAUUCUCGUCGCUUACCUGACAGUGGACGACAAAAUGGGAUUCUCAGGACAGCAGCCUGGAACGGCGAUUACACCAUUUCGCCGCGAUGAGGCUUAG